ACUCGGUUCAUGUAUUUAGAUAUAUCUACUCUGAGUCUCUGACCCUGUCAAAAUUGGACUUGAUUGCUUGAGGUAUAUGAUGUGUGUUAUCCGCAUCUGACUUCAUAUUUAUUCACUCAGAUUUCUGGUGCUAGUUCUAUCUCAAUAUGGAGAUGAAAAACACACACCAGUUAGAAGAAGGCACUUAUGACAGGGAAGCUGAAUUGAAAGCAUUUGAUGAAACAAAACUUGGUGUAAGAGGUCUUGUGGAGUCAGGGGUGACAAAAAUUCCACGCAUCUUCAAUUCUGGCUUGUUGGACAUCACUGAAAACGCACCCACUGAUUCCUUGUUGAGUGUUCCAAUCAUAGACCUCAGAGACAUUCACAACAAUCAUGCAGGGUUGAUUGACCAAAUUCGAAGUGCAUGUAAAGAGUGGGGAUUUUUUCAGGUGAUUAACCAUGAAAUUCCAAUAACUCUCUUGGAUGAUAUGAUUGAUGGAAUUCGUAGGUUUCAUGAAGAUCCUGAGGUAAGGAAACAAUAUUACACUAGAGAUUUUAAAAGGAAAUUUCUGUAUUAUUCCAAUACUAGCCUUUACCGAGACAAAUCUGCCAAUUGGAGAGAUACCGUUGGAUGUUUAAUGGCUCCUAAUCCACCCAAACCUGAAGAGUUGCCUCAAGUAUUGAGAGGCAUUAUAUUUGAAUAUUCCAAGAAAAUAAUGGAACUAGGGUGUACAAUUAUUGAGUUACUAUCCGAGGCUCUUGGCCUUAAUCCAUCCCACCUCAAAGAAUUGAAUUGUGUUGGAGGACUAUUUAUACAGGGUCAUUACUAUCCACCAUGCCCUGAGCCUGAAUUAACUAUGGGCACGUCCAAGCACACUGAUAUUGAUUUCAUGACUAUAGUUCUGCAAGACCAACUAGGUGGUCUUCAAGUUCUCCGUGACAAUAAAUGGUUUAACGUUCCUCCUGUGCAUGGAGCUCUUGUAGUAAACAUGGGAGAUCUACUUCAGCUCAUAACAAAUGACAUUUUCAUCAGUGUUUAUCACCGGGUCUUAUCGAGUCAUAGAGGGCCCAGAGUUUCAGCUGCCAGCUUCUUUUUACAAUAUGAUUCUGAUGAAGGUAAAUCAAAGGUUUAUGGCCCCAUUAAAGAAUUGUUAUCAGAAGAAAACCCACCAAUCUAUAAGGACACCACCAUAGCAGAUAUGAUGGCACAUCAUUUAUCCAAGGGGCUUGAUGGGAAUUCUGCCUUGCAUCCUUUUAGGUUGUAAAAUGAAAAAUUUGGACCCAAAAAUAGAACUUCAUGAAAUUGAUGCUCUCUUGAUUCCAUGGAGAUCAUAAUAUGAUGUAUUACUUGUGCUUUUUCGUUGUAAUGUGGCAUAGUAAUUUUCUAUCACAAGUGACGUUUAUAUUA